AUGAGCAGAAGCCGGAUUCUGAGAAAUCCGAUUGCGUUCGUUUGGAGGGUUGUGUUGGUUUGUUGCUUUUUAAUUGUUACAAUCUCAAUGCUGAGGCUUCCAGAGAUCCCGCUUGGGUUGCAAUAUCCCACGACAAAAACCAGUAAACAAACUUCAGAGGAUGAAAAUUUAUCGAUAGGGAAGUUUGGGAAGAUGAUGCUUGAAAUGUUGCCUGAAGAUCUUGCCUUCACUGUGUUUGUUCCUUCAGAGGAAGCUUUCGAGCGCGAUCUGAGGCUCAGCCCAAAUAAAAGUUUAGUGGGGGAGAAGAUGAAUGACGACACGUAUGCAAUAACGUCUCGAGUAUUGGGGUUCUCGGCUGUGCCUCGGAGGCUUGCUUCAGUCAAUGUGCCGAUUGACAAGGAGCUGUCGUAUGAUUCGAUAUCUGGGUUUGUGUUGUAUAUCUCGAAAGAGGAAGAUGGAGCGUUGACGGUCAACAGGGUUCGAUCCAAAAGAGUGGAUCUGAGGAAGAAGGGAAGCGUUGUGCAUAUCAUGGAUGGAGCGAUCAUGGAUGCUGAGUUCCAACAAUCAGUUCAGCAUGAGGAACAAGAUUGA